UAUAUGUUGUUGCAAUUUAUCACUUUUAUAUUUUUAAGCACAGCCAAACUGAUAAAUCAUCAUCAUGACUUUUUUUUUUUUUUUUUUUUAUCACUUCACUAGUCUGAGUAAAUAUGCUGCAGGAGUGUUUAUAUCGGAUAAUCCCAAACUUUAUCGUUUCAAAAUGAUGAAUCACACACAAGAAAUUGAAUUAAUACCAUCUGACCUGCGGUCAAAGCCUAGAGACGGAGACAUGAAUUUGAUCGGGCUAGUAGGCAGGAAAGAUUAUCCGAGCAGAUGUCGUUUCCCCCCUAUUGGAACAGUAGGGCCAAUAAUAAGCACACGCACCGACACACACAACGCACACUAAUCUGAGCGGGCUAGUAGACCUUGCACAUCCCUUUCUCUCUCUCUCUCUCCUCUCUUUUCUUUCAGGCAGAAAGGCAGCUCCAGUCCCGCCAAUGUCAAGUUUUUUUGGUGUUUUUUUUUUUUUUUUUUUUUUCUUCUCCCAUACAGUAAAUUGUUUCAACUGCUCUGAUACACUAGUGCCACAGUCCUGGCAGUGAAUUGCUCCAGCCUGCAGGUUGACCACAUAAGGACUGAAGAUGACAUUCUAUGGGAAAUGGCAUGUUGUGGGCUGUUUUGCGCUGUUCACUUGUUUCUUGGAUUCAGUCUGGGGACAGAUCCGUUAUUCAAUCCCAGAGGAGCUGGAACAUGGGGCUUUUGUUGGUAAUAUUGCGGAGGACCUGGGCUUGGAUUUGGACAGGCUUUCUGCGCGUAGAUUCAGAAUAGUCUCAGGUGCCAAAAAGCAAUAUGUGGAGGUAAAUUUAGAGAACGGAGUUUUGUUUGUCAACGAAAGAAUUGACCGGGAAGAACUGUGCGAGCAGAGCUUGUCUUGUUCUUUUCACUUGCAAGUGGUGAUAGAAAACCCUCUGGAGCUCUAUAGAGUAGAGAUGGAAAUUUUGGACGUGAAUGAUAACUCUCCUAGUUUUCCGUGGACCGAGUUUAAUCUGGAUAUAUCAGAAUCUGCUGCGCCAGGGUCACGUUUCCCACUUGAGAGCGCACAGGAUUUGGACGUAGGCUCCAACUCUCUCCGGACCUAUUUACUGAGUGUGAAUGAACAUUUCCUUUUGGAUAUACAGACGCGAAGUGAUGGCAGUAAAUUUGCAGAGCUAGUUUUACAAACCCCACUGGAUAGAGAACAGCAGAGUACGCAUCAAAUGGUCCUGACAGCGGUGGACGGAGGCGCACCGGAGAGGUCUGGCACCGCGCAAAUUGAUAUCACCGUUUUGGAUGCGAAUGAUAACGCGCCUGUGUUUGACCAGUCUUUUUAUAGAGUGAGACUGGCUGAAAACGCACCAAAAGGCACAGUUGUCAUUAAACUCAAUGCAUCCGAUUUAGAUGAAGGACCCAAUGCUGAUAUCACCUAUUCCUUCAGUGGACACGCUCCCAUCAAAGUGCGCCAGCUCUUUAGCGUGGACUCACGCACUGGUGAAAUCAAAGUCAAAGGAGUGAUAGAUUAUGAAAAAGCCAGGAUGCAUGAAAUUUACAUCCAGGCUAAAGAUAAAGGUCCAUCAGCAGUAGCAGUUCACUGUAAAGUACUGGUGAAUGUUUUGGAUAAGAACGACAAUGUCCCUGAGGUGAUCUUGACCUCAGUGUCCACACCUGUACAGGAGGACGCGCCCCCGGGGACGGUCAUAGCUGUCAUCAGCGUCACGGACAGAGACUCGGGUGAAAACGGGAACGUGGACUGUGAAAUCCCUCAUCUCAUCCCGUUCCAGCUCCACUCCUCCUUUAAGAACUACUACACAUUAGUAACUUCUGAUUUUCUUGAUAGGGAGACAGUUUCAGAGUAUAAUAUCACCCUCACCGCGCGCGAUAUGGGUUCACCGCCUUUAUUUACGCGGAAAACUAUUUUGGUCCAAGUGUCUGAUGUGAAUGAUAACGCACCUCACUUCAAGCAGCCAUCCUAUACUGUGUAUCUGACAGAGAAUAACGCACCAGGAGCUUCUAUUUGCUCAGUGACUGCAUUAGACCCAGAUUCGGGUCAAAACGCUUAUCUUUCUUAUUCUAUUCUAGAAGGUGAUAUCCAGGGGAUGCCCGUGUCCACUUAUGUGUCCAUAAACUCAGACAACGGGAACAUUUACGCACUGCGAUCGUUUGACCAUGAACAACUCAAAAACUUUCAGAUCACAGUUCAAGCUCAAGAUGCGGGUUUUCCACCUUUAAACAGCAACGUAUCCAUCAAUGUUUUUAUUUUAGACCAGAAUGACAACGCGCCUGUUAUUAUCUCACCAAGUACUUUAAAUGGCACUGCGCCUAGUGAAGCCGUUCCCAGAUCAGUGGAUGCUGGUUACCUUGUCAGUAAAAUCACCGCAGUGGACGCAGACGCAGGACAGAACUCGCGUCUUUUUUAUCAAAUGCUCCAAGCAACAGACCCGAGUUUAUUCAGCAUUGCUUUAUACACGGGAGAAAUCAGGACUAUACGCCAGUUUGUGGAGAAAGAUCCCACCAGGCACAGACUGGUCAUUGUGGUCAAGGACAAUGGUCAACCGCCCCUCUCGGCCACAGUUUCCAUCACUCUGUCAGUAGUUGACAGCCUGCCAGAUUCACAGCCUGAUUUGGGUGACCUGUCACUGAGCCUACAUCACAGUUCCAACUUUACCCUGUACUUAAUCGUAUCUCUGGGCGCAAUCUCCUUCACGUUUCUGGUGGCUAUUAUUGUCCUGGUUACAGUGAGGAGACUGAAGGGCAGACCAUCCAACAGAGCCUAUAAUCUCCCCCUUUUCGGUGGGUGUUGUUGUUGUUCUCGUACCAAAACAUCCACUAGUGCAGAGGUGUUUAAGAAGUCCAACUUAAACGUCCGGAUGUCCGCAGGUGCGUCCGGGUGCGCAGACGCAAACAGCAGCGCCCUGCGUCAAGCCUAUUGUUAUAAAAUGUGUCUGACACCGGAAUCAUCCAAAAGUGACUUUAUGUUCCUCAAACCUUGCAGUCCGGUCAUGUCUGUUCAGCAGAAUAAUGCAAAGAGCACAGAUUACCUGACGUCUGGAUGGAGCACCAUAGACCGGAAUGAACUGGCCAACAACAGAUCUGCAACACCAAAUGAGCUUAAAUACUCAAACAAGGACUGGACGUGGACAAAGAACCAGCGCAACUCGGCAUAUAAAAGAUAUAGUUCUGCUAAUAUGGAGGGCACUCUUUCACGUCAACCAAAAUAUGAUGCUGAUGGGUUUUCCUGCUCCGUUGCACCACAGUAUUGGACCUGGGGCAGCCGUAUGAAUGACUGCAAGUUAUCUCUUCAAGAAGGAGCUGUUCCGAACUACUCCUGGACGCCACAGUAUACACAGCCUCAUUCUGAGCCACCAGACUACCAGCACAACGUAUACAUUCCUGGCACUACGUCUGGUUACAGCACUCUGAAACUGGCACCCAGAGGGGAACUAGAUGUGUACAACAGUUUCUCUACUUUCGGGAAGAAAAAGAAAUUUAUCUCAAGCUACGAACAAACAUUCGACAAAGAUGACGGUCUUAUAAGCAAUGAUAUUUUUAAAUAAUACACUGACGACAGUAUCACUUCUUCCUUGAACUAAUUUGUUCUAUUUAUAGCCCUCUUCAGUGGAACAGAUUCUAUGUCUCCUCUUUUUUUUUUUUUUUUCAGUGGAAUUCAAUACCAGUCUGGGCCAUAAAUAUAUCGUUGGUUUCACUAAUGCUGAAAUAAAGAAGGCCUUUUUAAAGAGGGUUAUUAUGUUCUCUAAAUAGAAAAGAUGACCUUUUUGCAAGUGAUGCCUUUGUGUUUUUUUCCGGUUUGCAAUAACGUUAUAUCAAAGAUUCUUGUUUUUCUGUAGCGACGGGUGACGUUAAAUGUACUCUCAGCAAGGUUGUAGUGGAUGUAAAACUCAAAAAUGUGUCAGAACACCAGAAAUUAGUCCAUCACUGUAGCAAACACAGGUUUUCCAUGUAACAUUCAGUCAAGUGCUUGUAUGUGAUGCCACCGUUUAAUCUUUUUAGGAAAAGCUGUACUGUACUGCCUGUACUACUGUGUUUCAAACUUGUGAAUCCAUUUUCUUUGCUGAUAAUGACUUCGAUGUUUUACAGCUUUCAUAUUAGUGAUCUGUAGUAGAGACUCCAUUCAGAAUAUACAUUAUUUUUAUUGUGUGCAGGCAUGAUGUACUGUGUGUAGGUAUGAGUAUUCACAGUAUGAUUUAAAUGGACGCCGUGUUGUUAAAAACUACAUGAAGCCUUGUCCGUUUUGUUUGACUUGAAUUAAACCAUAGUGAGGUCAUCUAUUCACAGUCUUAAAUGACUGCAUUUGGUCAUGAAUAUAGUAAAAAAUAUCAAGCAAGGACGCAUAAUUCAAUCGCAGACAUUCCAUUUUUUUUUAUUAUCGAGCGAGAUGUAUUUAUCUAAAAAUGAAUCAUAAACUACUGUAUAUAUGUAUAUGUUAUUAUCAAUAAAUUUGUCCUCUGAAGUGCA